ACGGACAAUAUGGGAACUGUGGGCAAGCUGGGUCCAUUUAGCAGCGGAGGAGUUUGGUGCGAGUUCAGCUCCGGGGGCUGCUGCCUUGGCUGUGGGAGGCGCACGGAGGACUGUGAGGAGGAGGAGGUCAGUGACUGGAGGGAGAGGUUUGAACGACAGGCGCCCUGUGGACCUGCGCGAGUUACGGUCUUACUUGGACAGCGUGUCUUGGGACAGGUCGCGUUGGAGCCGGAAGGACUGGCGAGAGGCGUCCUCUCACCUGUGCGGCUCGUGACGCGGGAUCGCAGGUCGCAGCUGCAGUAGAGCUGCACUACAAACUUUAUUAAAUCCUAAAUUCUUUGCCAAACUCGUAUCCCGCAUAGACCGAAUUCUGUGUAGGCACCAACAUAUGCAAACCUUGUUACUUUGGAUAAUAACAGUGUGGCAGUGAUCUUGCCUGGACACAUAUCCGGCACAGUGGAUCCUAAAGGGUUACAAGUCGUUUGUAGUAGGCCUACAUGUGCAGUGAUUUCUUUUUGUUGUUGUAUUAACUUCCAGUGACCUGUUUUGAACUACAUUUCUACAUAACAGCCGGAACAGUCAGCAUUUAUUGCCUCUACAGUGGUUGUGAUUCAGCAGUUCUGAGUUGGCUCUUGGUCCGGUUCUGCUGGACCAACCGCGCCCCGGACUAGCUUUGGUGAUGGCAAACCAUCCUGCUCUGCUGGAAGCCUGCGUGGUGGUAGGAGCCUCUAUCGACAAACUCAGGGAGGUCUACCAGGCUGUUAACGACAAUGGAGCUCCAGAGCACCUCCUGUUGGAGCCGGAGAUACUGCAUGUCCUGGCGCCUCCCUUUGUAAGCGGACCGCAAAAUGAGGGCGGAGUGGCUGCUGCAACCCCGAGCCAAGGUGGAGGAGCAGAAGGAAGAGGAGGAUGUGAAGAUGUCUGUGUUCCUAAAGACAUUGACCUCAUGGCUUUACCUCAGCUCUGCUUCCCUGGUGGGCUCCAAGUAACCAGCGAACAGAGAGAUGAACAAUUUCACUUCCUGGUUUUCACUGACAUCUUUGGCAACAAGACCUAUGGAGUAGUAAUGCAGUGUUACCGAACCCUAUUGGAAGGGACGUCUUUCUUUCACAAUGGAGCUGGGUCCUCUAAGUUUUCUAAACUUUUCUCUGCCUACAGUUUCUGUCUCAUAUCUAAGUAUCCUUACUUCAGGGGGCUCAAAGACUGUCUGUCAUGUCUGUUAAUCCAGCUGAGAACGUGUUGUUUAUCAGACAUGAAGGAGAGAGUGAAGGAGUUUGCAGCCAAACUGACACUUGUGCCUAUCCCACCGCCUGGACAACUACAUUUGAUGUUUACUUUGUGUCCUCUGACCAUUGUACUACCAUCCAGAGAAGACAAAGACCACCCAGCUGUAGAUUUAGACCUACAUCUGCCUUUUCUCUGCUUCAGGCCACAGCAACUACUGCAGGUGGUAUCUUGUCUCCUGCAGGAACAGCGGGUGGUGUUAUUUUCUGCUGACUGGGCCAGACUCACGCUGGUGGCAGAGAGUUUGUUGCUUUUUCUGCACCCUCUAUCGUGGCAGCAGCCUUAUGUUCCUGUCCUGGCCAGAGGCAUGCUGGACUUUCUCAUGGCCCCGACUGCCUUCUUUAUGGGCUGCCAUCUCAGCCAUUUUCAAGAGGUUGCUGCUGAAAUAGAUGAUUUGAUCUUAAUCAACAUCGAUAACGGAAGUGUGUCCUCUUCUUGCUCUGAUACUGUUGAUGUUCCACACAUUCCUCCAGCUGCUGCAGACUGCUUCACAGAGAGGUGUCAGUCUCUGCAGAUACAUUUUCACUUGGAGCAGUGCCACCGCGCAAGCUGCAGCGACAUCAAUGAGCAGCGGGCACAGAGACGAGCGUGGCAACACAACCUCAACCACGACAUCCAGAGGAUCUCACUAGAACUGAUUGUCAACAUAUUCAGGGAUCUUGGUGGUCAUCUUAACUAUGAGCAUCGAGUGUUUAACAGUGAAGAGUUCCUCAAAACCAGAGAGCCAGCUGAGCAACUUUUUUACAAGAAGGUGUUGGAGACACACAUCUUCAAUUCCUUCCUCAAGGAUCGUCUCAACAGGAAAAUGGACAAUUACGCACGCAUGGAACUCAGCACUCGUUCUGAGAUGCAGAAGAUUAAGGGCAUGGCUGAAGCCCCGCGCAGACCCACCAUGCAGGAGAUUCAAGCUCAGAGAAAAAGCUCCAUCGCGGAGAACAGACUGAAUAAAAGACUUGGGAUGAGCCUUCCUAAUUUGGGAGAUGCCCAAACUAUCAGCUUCCAAAGAAACACACUGCUGACGGGGAUCAUCAUGUCUGACCCUGCUCUAAGACCUCCUCCUAAGCCUGUAAAGGUGUUUAAACUCCCAGACUUCCCAGUGUCUCUUUCCUUCCAGUCUGUCCAAAGUUAUUACAGUGAGCUCAUCCAGCAGCUUGGCAAGGCCAUCUUCUCUGUCCAAAACGAGAACUCCACUCUGUUGGCCCGAUUUUACUACCUGCGUGGUUUCAUCAACACAUUGUGUUCACGCCGGCUGGACGCUCUGAGUGAUUUCCAGAACCUCUACAAGACAGACACCGCCAUCUUCCCCACACAGCUGGUCACGUGGCUCGUGGACUCACUGCACCAAGACGAGAGACAGCAAGCUGACAGACGACCUGAACUCAUGAGACUCAUCCUCAAGAAGACAGAGAAUGAGAAGCCAUUGGUGCAGCCCGAUUACCAUGUUAAGAAGUUCAAGCUUCCUGGAAAACAUCUGCAUCAGCACGAGUUUGUCCGUUGCGUCCAAGAAUGUGGGAUUGUUAAGGAUGUAGCGACCAUACACCGUUUAUUUGAUGCUCUCACUGAUGGCCAGCCAAAGCAGAUGGACCCAGGGGUUUUCAGAGUUUUUUACACCUUCUGGAAGCAGAAAGAGGCUGAGGCACAAGAUGUCAACCUGCCCACUGAGGUCAUUGAACACCUUGACAAUAGCGAGUGUGUCUACAAGUUGUCAUCCUGUGUCAAGACCUCCCGUGGUGUUGGUAAAAUCGCCAUGACGCAGAAACGUCUGUUCUUGCUUACUGAGGGACAACCGGGCUACCUGGAAAUCACCAAGUUCAGAGAUAUUCAGGAGGUGAAGAUUGCCUCAGCUCCCUUUCUACUUGUUCGUAUUCCUUCCCUUCAUAUCCAGACCUCUGGCAGGCCUGAGGUGUUUGAGGCCAACCUGAAGACAGAGACUGAACUCUGGAACCUUGUGGUCAAAGAGAUGUGGGCCGGACGCAAGAUGGCCGAUCAACACAAGGACCCUCAGUACAUGACUCAGGCUCUGACCAACGCCCUGUUAAUGGAUGCUGUCAUGGGCUGUCUGCAGACCCAGAAGUCCAUUAUUGCAGCCUCAAAGCUGGCAUACUUUGAUAAGAUUAAACACGAAGUGUCCAUGAUGGUGCCCAAAACUACCUCAGAGACUCUAAAACACAAAAUCAACCCCUCACAGGACCUGGCUGAGCCUCAGACUGUACAUGUGCUGCUAUACACACCAGGUCAGUUAAAGUGCAAUGACUCAGAGUGUGAGAUGAACCCGAAGCUGUGGGUGGCUCUCAGCGGGGGCAAAGUGGUUGUAUUCGAUGCAGCUAGCUGGUCCAUGUUGCAGGACUGCAUCCAGGUUGGACAGUCCCAGCUGAACUGCAUGCUGGGAUUGGUCCAGGAGCAGGUGUGGAUUGGCUCCCAGGACUCCAUAAUCUACAUCAUUGACACUCACAGCAUGUUUUGCAACAAACAGCUCACUGAACACAGAUAUGAAGUGACUGGCCUCACUGUGGACGCCAGAGAUCAAGACAACAGUCAGCAGACAUACUCCUGCAGCUGUGACGGGACGAUCCUGCAGUGGGACUCAGCCAGUCUCAAAGUGAAGCGACAGUUUAACCUGAGCUGUGACCGUCUCUCCUCCAUAAAGAUCCACGAUGGCACGUUGUGGUGCUGUUGUGGUGACAGCAUUGUCGAACUGAAAAAGAGCGGAACGCCACAAAGAAGGAUGGCACCUCUUGAUGACCCACGGAGCAUGCCCAGUAGCUUCAGCAGCUUCAUUGUCAUUCCAGAGCAAGGUCAGUUGUGGACGGGCUGUGCAGACUCAGGGGAGCUGUGUCUCUGGCACACUAACGACCACAGACAUCCAUCCAAACGAAUCUCCCUGCCGGGUAGUUCAGGAGUCACCUGUAUGAUUCGUGUCAAGGACCAGAUCUGGGUGGGCUGUUGUGGCCGGAGCGGUGUUGGAGGUCAUUUUGACGGUCAGCUGAGGAGCCAGGUGUUGGUGGUUGACCCAGAGAGCCACACUGUGGCAAAGGAACUACACGCUCAUUCAGACAGCAUCCAGACACUCUGCUCAGCUGAGGAUCGCUAUGUGCUGAGCGGCUCCGCACGCCAUGAUGGCAAGAUUGCCAUCUGGAAAGUCGAAUAGAGAACAGAGCCAAAGAAAGCAGUAGAAUGGAAAGAGGUUGUUAAAAGGGAAGCAAGACAGAAGCUUGGGGAGAGGAAAGAAGAACAACAAAGAAGGCAGUUGAAAGGAGAUACAAAAAACACGACUUGAUUGGAGUGAGGGUGAAGAUAGGAGUACAAAAUCAAAGAGUAAUAAAGAGGUGCAGAAGAAAGUUCCUUUCUUUCACUCGGUGGAACAUCUUUUUAUAGCCAUAUUUCAAUGGUAAUUGAAUGUUUCUGCUGGGAGCUAAAAGUAAGUAAGGACAGAAAAUGGUGAAAACAACUCUUAAAGUUGACAUUUUGAUACUUUUUGGAAGAGUGAGCCCUACUGGUCCUGGACUACAAAGAGCAGAUCUCUUUCCUCUUGGAAACAAACCUUCUACACACGAGAUGUGAAAAAGAUCAAGCCUGUGCCUUCUGUAUGUUGUUUUAAAAACACGAUUUAGUCUAGAUGUCAAUACUGGUCAGAUAUUGAAAUGCCAAAAUGUAAUUGUCAUUCACGUUUUAUUCUCAAGCACUAAUAAUAUAUACAUUUUCAGGUAUGAUCAUGUACUGUUUGUUCAUGAGCCUAUUUGCAGUCUUACUUUAAGUUGCCUACUUUUUGUUACAUCCAGACUGAUGCAGACCCCCUUUUCACAAUCUAUUUUACGCUCACUAAGUGAUGAACGCAGCUACUGUUGAAUGAUUGUGAUGUGAUUACAUUUAUAGAUUUAAAAAGUUAGGUUCAGUUUAAAACAUUCAAUUUAGGCAAUAACUUGAAAUGCUAAUACAGUCAACUGUAUGCGUGCUAUGUCAUCCCUCAUAUUCCAGUAGCAUGUACUACCAUUUGAGGUAGAUUUUACCUGGGCAUUGCCUCCAAAGAAUGACAUUUUUGAAGCAAUGUCCAGGUUUAAUUAUUGUUGACUGAAUUGUUUCAGG